AGCUGCUGGCGGUGCUGCUGCUGCUGCUGCUACUGGAAGCGGCCUCCUCCUGCUCCUGCUCGCUCCCGCGCCUCCGCCUCUUCCAUUGUGGACGCGGAGCCCGCGCUCGGCUGCAGCCGCUCUUGGGGGGGGGGGCGCGGGUGGGACCCCCGUCCGCGAUGCUCCUGCAGGCGCCUUAGGCGAAGCGGGGAGAGGCGAGGCGCACCCGGCGCGGGCAGGAUCUGGAGCAGACCUCUCAGCCAUCGCGCCCCGAGCCCAGGAGCCCAUUGAAUUGGCCGUACAAAAGGAGCCCUCUCCGUUUCUGGCCGACGUGGGACUGGGGGUGGGGGGGUCCCGCCGCCGUCGCCGCCACCUUUGCCGAUCCCCCACCGCCGCCGCCAGCAUGAGCUCUGGCUUCCUUGAUCGCAAGGUAGGGAUGAGCAAAACCCGCCACCCCACCCCAGAAAUUAAAGCAGGGCGACGGGGUGUGUAUAGGGGACCCCCCCGGAUCGCUCGGGUCUGCUUCUCGCCUCGCGCCUCCUCGGGCGGCAGCAGCUGCGGGCCGCACAGAGGGGUUGAUCCGGACCGCUGGGCUGGAAACCAGCCCCCCACUGCCCGCUCUCCUGCAGCCGCCUCCGGCCUGGCUACCGGCGCACGGACGGUGAGCUGCAGCUGGAAUUCGCAUGGGGUGGGGGCGGCUGAUCUCUGGGGUGGCGGUGGUAGCGGGGAGUCGAGGGGCGAGAGUAGGCCUGAGCAUGUGCAGAGUGCGCUUCCGCCACGCAUUGCUCGUCGUGUUCCCAGGGACACCCCGGUUCCUGCUCCGCCGCGCGCAAAAUACAGGCAAACGGUGGAAUUGUUGCGGGUGGCAAGCCUGCCUGCGGCUUGAGUUUGGAAGAUGACACGCACGUGCGAGGGGCAGCGUGUGUGUGUUUAUAAAUGGCUUCAACUUUCACAAACAAUGGUGCUGUUUGCGUUUAUUUAGUGCUGAGGGGUCUCUUCCCCGAGAACAGAUGGCAGCAUAUGGAGGGGCCCCGAGUAACGCAUCCUCUCUCUCUCUCUCUCUCUCUCUCUCUCUCUCUCCUGUGUUUGGGAUUAGAGGACUUGGAGAAGGCUGCCGGCAUCUCCUGAGACAUUAACUGCUUUGGGGGAAGGUUGAGGAAUAGUGCAAAUGAUGGUUGGUAGUGGAAGACCGCUCUGUGGAGCUAAGGGCAGGCUAAGCCUUUUCUCCUAUUAAGGGCCACCCAAGAUUCCAAAAGCAAAAUGUCACGAAUAAGGCUGGGCUGGCUCGGGAAGUGUGGCGCCUAGCUUAAAGCCGAAUUCAGAAGCUGGCAGCCUGGGAGCUGUGUCCUGCGUCUUUCCCCAAGCUGCCUCCAGGGUCUGCUGCUUCUGCCGGCUGUCUUCCCCCUCUCUCUUCAGAGAUCAGCAGGGCAGAGCGUGCAACACCAAAAUGCGCCCUGAGUCCUUUCUGCCAUUGCAGUCAACUCCACUGUAUGGAGUAUAGGCUAGGCAGUUGGGUCAGAAGUGCCGAGUGAUGCUGGCAUGCAAUGGUUUUGGUUUGCACAGCACUCCGAUUCAUGUGCCAUUUCCAGGAGUUUUCUGAGCUUUUUCAGUGGCACAAAUGACUUGGGGGUUGGAGGCGGAGGGUUCCAAUUUAGCGUGCCUCUCCUUCCUGGCCCUAAGCACUGGAAAUUUGCUUUCAAAAGGAAUUCAGAAUUCCAAAGGAAGUGAACAGCGAAGCCAGUGCCACAACCUGCAGCUUUUCUAUACUUCUGUGUAAUUUUCCUGCAGCUGUACACAAGGAGUUGGCAUACAAUGAUCUUCAGAACCCGUUUUGGGGUCCUAUAGUUUACCUGCUUUGCUAAAUUCCUGAUCUGCCUCUCCCCGUGAAGUCACCAGCAAUUGUCCAAAGUAGGUUUUUGCCCACCUGCAGUUGAGAGUCAGUUCCUGCAUUACUUUUUGAUUAUGGCAUAUUUUAAGAACUGAUGGAGGAAACAAGCCUUAAUGCAAACGAAACAUAUAACGUAUAUUGGAACCACCUGCUCUGGGUUUACAUUUGGAUUACUGGGGGUGGGAUUAACAGGGUUGAUGCUUUGCUGCUGUGAGCGUUGCCUCCCGUCCUAAAAAGAGCAACACACUUGGUUUUCUGCUAGGUGAGAGGAAGCGACGCUAUGAGCCACAUGGAGGAGAACUUCAGCCCCGAGGAGGCUCGGUCGCAGCUGGUGACGAAGCGUAAGCUCCUUAAAAUGCUGAGUUUAAGCCCCGGGCGCAGCCAAGCGUGUGGAACGGAAGUGCGGGAGAAGAAAAUCCCUUCCAUGACGUGGCCGGUGAAGCCGGUCCAUACCAUCAAGAAGCGCAAGGUCUUCCUGGUGCACCGGGGCACCCAGACGGAGGAGAUCCCCGACAUUUGCAUCGAGUGCGGGAAGGUCUUCAUCCAGAACUCGAGCCUGAUCGACCCCUGGCCGGUCCAGCCCGACGACAAACCCCACAAGUGCUCUGAAUGUGGGAAGAGCUUUGCCGUCCGCUCCAGCCUGAACCGGCACCAGCGGAUCCACACGGGGGAGAAGCCCUACAUCUGCCUCGACUGCGGCAAGCGGUUCAAUGACAAGUCCAACCUGACACAGCACCAGAGGAUCCACACGGGCGAGAAGCCUUACGAGUGCAUCGACUGCGGCAAGAGCUACAGCCGCAGCUCCCACAAGAAAAAGCACUUGCGGGACUCGGCCGAGGAGCAGCAGCAGCAGCAGGAGCCUUGUGCCCUGCAGGCGGACGGCGCGGACUCGGCCGGCGAGAAGCCCAAGGCGAAGCAGAAGCCGGAGGUGCUGAACACCUGCACCGAGUGCCUGCGCAGCUUCAACCACAACGCUGACCUCAUCAAGCACAUGCGCAUCCACACCGGGGAGAAGCCCUACAAGUGCAACAUCUGCGAGAAGAGCUUCAACGUCAGCUCCAACCUCUUCCGGCACCAGCGGAUCCACACGGGCGAGAAGCCCUACGUGUGCUCCGAGUGCGGGAAUUGCUUCACCGACAAGUCCACCCUGGUUCAGCACCACCGCAUCCACACCGGCGAGAAGCCCUACGCCUGCCGCUUCUGCGGCAAGUGCUUCAGCCACAGCUCCCACCACAAGAGACACGAGAAGAUCCACAACAGAGAGAACCCCUUGUUUGCCUACCCCAUCCCGCUCUUUUAACAGGGUCGCUCUCGCAGCUGGAGCGGGUAGAUAGGGAACUCUGUGCCUCGGGAAGCUGAACUAGUGGGUUUUUGUUGUCGUUCGAAGAAAGAGCGCAGGAGCCGUCUUAAAAGAUUGCGCCAGUCUGGCUUCAAACGCCAUCGCAAGGUUUGCCGCUUGUGGCAGGUACUGGAUAUCAAUGCCUUAGUCUAUAGGAUCUUCGGUAAGAUCCGUAUGUGGUUAUAGGCUACAAUGAACGCUCAAAAUCUGGUUGGCUCUGGUGCGAACGUCGAUAAUCCCAGAUAAAUUUUGUGCUUUUCUGAAAACAUCCCCACUUUGGGGAUAUAAGCCGUUGAAGAGCAGGCAGAUUUAUGUGGCUGUCAGCACUAGCGGCUGUUCUGUCGGGCUGUCAGAAAAUGCACUGGGUCAUCAACGUUCAGUAUCAACAAACAGGAAUAUUGUGAGUUCUUAGGAAUAUUGUAUGUGACACUCCUGCAGCCCUUGCUAAUAUGCCCUCAAGAUGUUUUGAGCGACUCACGUGGAAGCUGUCUGAAAACAUCUGGAAGGCAGCACGUUGGCGAAGUCUGCAUUUUAGUUUUAUUAAAGGCACUAUAGGACUAUUUAUUGAUAUCCAGUAACUGCGAGCGAACCUUCAGAUGGUUUUGUUGCUUUGGCUCACUGGGCCGAAAGCUUUCGUUUUUGCGGCUCUUUUAACUACCUACACAAACCGGGCCGCAGGUCCUUUUGAAGAGAAGACUCCUAGUCUCUAUGCAAAGACUCUUUGAGUGAUGGAGAAUCUGCCCUUAGGAAGGUAAUGCUGGUCGCAAAUUUAACCUCAGUAGCCUUUUGCUUCAGGGCUUCACUUUCCCAGCCACUGGAUCACACUGUAUUUUUGUCCACUGAGUCAGGAUGGCCCAAAAGUUGGUAGGAAUCGCAUAGCUUUCUACAGAGGAUCCAUUUUACAGUUGACUCUUUGGUAAGCUUGAAUAGGUUUGAAGCUCUCUUGAGGCCUCUGUAACAAGGCACAUUUUCCAGGCCUCGGGGGUUUUUCCCUGCCCUUUGCUGCUCAUUCUCCACAGUGUGGCUGCGACAAAUGGACAUCUGGUGGCAGAAGGGCCACAUUUUCCCUAUAGGAAGACAAAUUUGUGCUGUGGCACUUUAAGAGACUAAGCGGUUUGUUGUGGCCUGCUACUAAGGCAGCAGAUACCAUCGGAGGCUCACACAGUGGGCUGUAAAAGGUGGAGGUGGUGUGUUUAUCUGUGUGUGUUUUUUGCGUGUGUAUGUAUAUAUUAUAUUUAUAUAUAUAUUAUAUAGGUACACAUGUACAUGCACACACAAGUUGAAAAACCAAAUUAAACAAGGAGAGGACUGAAAGUAGUGCAACGGGCUCGGAUUAGUGGACCACUGAAAGGUAUGAACGCAACACAGAAUGAAAGGGAAGGCUGUCUUGCUUCCUUACAGAGCUAGCCGCCUGUAAUCCUUAUUCAAGCCCUGAGAAAUCUCAAAUCAGGUUUGUUGAUGGAUUCCAGGUCCUAUUUGGUUUUAGUGUAUCGCAGCCCGACGGACAGAGAUGGAGGGGUCCAGGACGGCUGCAGUGGUCACCCCAUUGGUUUUCCUGUAUGUUCCCAUUUUGUCAUGUCCCGAACGGUGUUCCCGCCUGUUCUGAUCCAGCCAGUGGUCCCCCGCUCCCCCCUACCCAGGUGGGAGAAGAAAUUAUUUGAAUCUCAGCUCAUCCGUGGACCAAGUGGGCAGAGUCGCCACCUCUGUGCCUCUGCUCCUCCUCUGUUUUAAAAGGAAAGAAAAACGAAACACACAAAAGUUGAGAAUUUGGGGAAUCUCCUUCAUCUGGGUAGUUGCGAUGGCUAACUAUCGAGAAGAAAGGCAAAUGUCACGAUCCGCCCUGCGCUUUAAAGAGAAAGUGGGGCUGUCAAAUCUAGAUCUAACAGAGGUAGCCUGAUACGAAACUGUAAAAGUAACACAAGGGGGAAAGUUUGGAAUUAGCUGUCCAUAGAAGACUGUUUGCUAUAUCCAAGUAAUUUUUGUGAUUAGCUUUUAUCCUUUCUGUAGGUGAACCUUUAUGAAAAUGUUUGUUAUUUAAUCGAGUGUCUGAUAGGAAACCUAACCUUUGACCUAUUGUAGCAGUUGAUUCUACAGGUUAAUUAAACACUUUGUACAAUUGGUGCUUUUUUUUGCCAUCCUGAAUGAGAUGGAGAAGGGACAGUUGUCGAUGUGUCCCCAAAAUACAGGGAAAAACAAAAACAAGUCAGCAUUUCUCAAUCACCCGUAAGUGCUGCAUUCUGUCUGAAUCCAUUAUUUGUUUCUGCUGUAUGAGUUUUUGUAUCCCAGAAGGCAAACUCUUGGUUAAUAUAGAGGCGUUUAGAAAAUUCCAACUAUUAUUUGUAGGGGUUUUUUUGCGGGGUGUGUGUGUGUGUGUAUGUCCAUUUGUAAGAAGAGCCCUGCUGAAUCAGACCAAUGGCUUCUCUAGUCCAGCAUCCUGUUCUCUGAUUGGCCAACCCAGACAUCCAUGAGAAGCCUAUGAGAAUCAGGGCCUGAGCAUAAUAACUCUUCACCACCUGGGAUUCCCGGCAUACUGCCUCUGACAGAGCAGGGAGAAAAAGGUAGGAGCCAGUGACUAGCAGCCUUAGCAAUGAAUUUGUCCAUCAGUUAACUCUGUGCUGUGUCUUUCAUCUGACCUGAAUCUGACCUGAAUCAGCUUCAUUUAAUGUCCGUAAGUUCUGGCAUCAUGAGAGAAGGAGAAACUCCAUCCACUUUCUCUGCCCCGUGCAUCAUCUUACAAACUUCUCUCGUGGCUCCUCUUACUCGUCUCUGAAACAGGCUUAGGUUUUGUUAAGUUUCCCUCCAUCUUCUUGAUCAUUUGGGUUUCCGUUUUCUGAACCUUUUCCAACGCUACAAAAUCCUUUUUGAGGCGAGGUACCCAGAACUCUACACAGUAUUCUAAGUGCAGUUGAAUACAGUCAUACCUCGUUCUGCUCUUACGGACUUUCAGCUUACGAACGCAGCAAACCCAGAAGUGUUUACUUCUGGUUUCGUCGCCCGCACAAGCACAAUCUCUGUGCUUUGUGCUCAAUUGCGCCACGCACAUGCGCAGAAGAUGCAUUCUUGUUGCGGACUUUUCAGGGUGUGAAUGGCACCCCAAAACACACUAAGUCUGCAACUAGAGGUACCACUGUAGUCAUAUCAUAUUGGCAAUUUUCUUUUCUUUUUUUUUUUGCAAUGAUCCCUAGCAUGGAAUUCAUGUUUUUCACAGCUGUCCCACACUGAAUUGACAUCACUGAACUUUCCCCUAUGACCGCAAAGUCUCACUCUUGGUCAGUCACUGGCAAUUCAGACCCUAUGAGGAUUUAUGUUUAAUUUAGACUAGUUGCCCCCAAUGUAUAUCACCUGUUUACAUCAAAUUGCAUUUGUCAUUUUCUGCCCAUUCAUUCAGCUUGGAGCGAUCUUUUUGGAGCUCUUCACAAUGAAUCUGAUACUAUCAGCCGGCUUGGCUACCACAUGCCUAACUAAAUUAUCAACAAGUUAAAAAGCACAGGUCCCAAUACCAAUCCUUGAGAGACUUUGUACGUAAUGUUUUUAAAAUUCUUUUAAAAUUAUUUAUAGGCCACUCAUCUGACUGCGUUGGCCCAGCCACUCUGGGUGGCUUCCAACAAAAUAUUGAAAACACAAUUUUAAAAAACCUUCCCUGUACAGGGCCGCCUUCAGAUGUCUUCUAAAAGUCAGUCAGUCAUUUAUCUGCUUGACAUCUGAUGGGAGGGCAUUCCACAGGGCAGGCGCCACUACUGAGAAGGCCCUCUGCCUGGUUCCCUAUAACUUCACUUCUUGCAAUGGUGGAACCUCCAGAAGACCCUUGAAGGAGGACCUCAGUGUCUGGGCUGAACAACGGGGGUGGAGAUGCUCCUUCAGGUAUACAGGUCCCAUUUAGGGCUUUAAAGGUCAGCACCAACACUUUUAAUUGUGCUUGGAAACAUACAUCCUUCCAAUUCUCCGCUUCCUGUUUUCCAACCUGUUACUGAUCUCACCAGGGGCCGUCAUCCUCUUUCCCAUGGCUGCUAAGCUCACUUGGCGCCAGGAGCCUUAGAUGAGGUACUUUGUCAAAAGCUUUUCCAAAGCCUUGAGUGCAAAAUAUCAACUAGAUCGCCCCUAUGCAUAUGCUUGUUGACUCCAUCAAAGAAUUCAUUUAAGUCCGUGUGGCAGGGCUUGUCCUUGCAGAAGCCAUGCUGGUUGUGCUUCAGCAAGACUUGUCCUAUAUGCUUGGCAGUUUUUUAACAGUACUGUCCACCAGUUUUCCUGGGUGUAUGGUUAUAACCAGCCAUUGCACAACUCCCCUAUUGAAAGUAUUUCUCGAAAAUAAUCCCUGCAGAGUUGUGUUAGUACACGAUGCAUUUCAGAAUCGGGCCACAGCAAUCCGUCUAUCAAGGUUUUGAUCUUGCGUUCACCCAAAAGUUCAUUUGCAAGUUACAGCAACUGUGCAAGAGUCCUGAUUCAUUCACUCCUUCAGGCUGAUCAUGGCCACUAAAGUGUAGAUGGCUUUCUGUUUUUUAAGAGGUUUAGGUAAAUUAAUGGAGGAUAGUUCUGUCAAGGGCUAUUAGCCACUAACUUCCAUAUACUGAGGUCCUGUAGACCUUGGAGCACCAAACAAGCAGAAGGAUGGCCAUAGCUAUUGGAUGCUAUAGUUGUGAUCCCUGCAUCGCAGGGGGGUUGGACUAGAUGACCCUUGGUGUCCUUUCCAACUCUACAAUUCUAUGAUAAUGAACUUAAUGGGGGCCUCUGGGAGGGCAUGAUGGCAGAGGAGUGUUGGAUUAGAUGAGCUUUUCCGUCUGAACCAGCAAGGCAAUCCUUUAUGCUAGGCUUCCUCAACCUUGGCCCUCCAGAUGUUUUGAGACUACAAUUCCCAUCAUCCCUGACCACUGGUCCUGCUAGCUGGGGAUCAUGGGAGUUGUAGGCCAAAAUAUCUGGAGGGCCGAGGGUGAAGAAACCUGUUUUAUGCUCUUGUGUUCAGCCAAGUGAGGAUUGUGGACUGGACUCCCACAAAGUGCAGACCUGGUCUCUCAGAGCUUUUAGUGAUGAAUAUGGGCCAAAUAUGUUGCCCAGGCUCCCAUUAUGUUUCAUUGCUAUUCUGUGCCUGUGUUCCUGCCCACUUUCAUCAAGAGUAUAUUUACCAAUAGACAGAAGACCCUCUCCCUGUUUCUAAAUGCAAGGAUUUUCCCAUUUUUUGAUGAUAGGCACAGCUCAACACACCAAAAAUCUCCCCCUUAAUGAAUUGGGAUGUUGCUCAGACAGGAUCUCACAAGUAUGCUUUGUGGAGGAUCUGGGGCUCUGAAUUAGGGUGUGUACGUGUGAAAUUUCACCCCCUCCACCCAUCCUGUUACAGCAUUUUUAGAGCACAGCAAUGUGUAUAUGUAAUUCACAACCCCCCCUUUUUUAAAAAAAUAGGUGAUGUGGUGUAACGAUUUUAAAGCAAGCCUCACUGUUGGAAGUGAGUGGAGAGUUCUAUUAACUUAAUCAACAUAGUAUCUAAGCAUUUCCCUGGUGAAUGAAAUUUUCAUU